UGAUAGGAAUUUGCACUGCAUUGCAUUGCAAAAAAAAAGAUACCGGUAUUCUAAGGGUGUAGUGUGUGUAAGGUAAGGUAUGAUAUGCUGGUCGAUGGGUGGGGGUGGGAAGAGCAAAAGUUCUGAUUAUUUAUUAUCGACCUUACUUUAAUUUAUGAUAACUGCACCACAGCACCGUGUACAGUACCGGUAGUUACUGUACGGAUUUCAACCGAAGAACAUGUUCGGUCUGUCUGUCGGUCGGUCGGUCGGUCGGUGGGGGGCUUACUGUGCUUGUAGAUUUGAAUCAUUUGAGAUCCUGGAACGAACGGUAACGGUAAGCUUUCUUCCGGUAUGGGAGGAGAGGUUUACCUGGGUUCAUUGGUGGGGGCCGUGGGAAGGGAGGAAUGGGCUGGGUUCUUUCUCUCAUGUUCUGUGAAACCCGUACUGUAAUUGGGAUUUGUAUGCUUGGAGUUAAUUAUGCGUUGCAAGUGAGUUUGCCUGUCGGGUUUGGUAAUGGCAUGUAAUUGGAUGUUUGAUGAUAAACAAUUAAUGCAAUUAGAUAAUCUUUU